UCUAAAAGUGGUCCAAACCUCUCUUUUUGCUCCAAAAUUCUAAUUGCCAAACACCCCAAAGACUUUGACGAAAGUUAUUUGUUGCAUAGAUUUGUAUUUGGAACUCGGAAGGGCACGAAUAAAUGAACGGGAAUCACAAUUAGGACUUUUCUUUAAUCUCUGAAGAAAACCAAGGAUCUAUAAUUGCACGUAGAAAUCUAAUUCUGAAAAACAUCAAUUAUUAGGCUGAACUUAACUUAUCUAUAUUAAGACGAUAAAUAGUUGAGAGCAUAAGAAAAAAAUAGCUCAAAAGAACAUGUAUUAGAGUUGUGAUCGAGUGCGAGUGGAAACAUAUAUCUAGUGAUUCAAAAAUAAUAAAAAUAAAUAUAUGCGACAAGAAAAAUAAAAUAAAAGAACACAUGAUUUAACGCACGCUUUUUAUAAUUCUAGGUGACUAUUAUAUAAAUGUCCACCCACGACGUAUAUCUGUGUGUUAUUUGCAAAAUUGGCCCUUACUGUAAUUUGGGCCACCAAACACAACAAUAUCCAACCAACAAACUAAAAGAAAGCAAAUAUAUGUCUCCCUUGCAAACCACAACAUACCAUGGCAUAGAAGAUCUAGUCACAAGAUGACCGUGAAAUCUUCUGACUUCACUUCUAAAAGAAACUUUUAUUAAACCAAAAGUUCCAUUAGCAAAAAAAAAAAAGAUGUAGCUAUACUGUGAAUCAUUUAUAUAAAGCUGGAAAAAACGGGUGUUAGCUAGAUAUAUAUGUGUGUGGAUAGUAUCAUUAUGAGAUUACAUUUGCUACAUCAUAACAUCAAGUCAUUGUUUAAAACUCAACAAAAUCAUAAUCAACUUAUUACUCUUAAGGAAAAAAAAUACUUGAGGUAGUUGUAUUUAGUCGAAAAAAACACAGGAGAUGGAAGAUGAUUCAAGUUUACUAGAUGAAUCUACUCCUAAUUCUUCCUACUUGCACGAGAUUACGCCCGUUGUUAGUCCAACAAUUGUGGUUCAAGCACAGCAACAACUUGAUAUCUCUGUCGAAAUGUCAACAGUAAGUAACGAAGAUGAUUCAGAAAUACCUCUAUCAUCCUGUAUGAAAUGGUAUCUUUUAAAAGUUCUUGUGAUUUGUGGUCUAUCUUAUGCUAUAGGAUCAUCAAAUCGUUUAAUUCCGAAUGUUUAUAACUUAGUAGCAAUACCAUGGACUAUGACAGUUCUUAUAUUGACUGGAGUUAUAAACAAGCACUAUGAAGAUGUAACUCGCAAUCUACUUGUGUUACUGCUUCCAAUUUGUGUUACAUUUGUUGUUAUUGUGGUAGGAACGCUUGUUUUUCCAAUAGCAGUUAUAUUGUUACCUUGGCUUGUGGUGUCUUUUUCAAUUGCGCGAUUACUCCAAUUCAUUAGGUAUGGUGAUGAGUAUGACAAUGUCACUGCACUUAAGCUGUGUAUCCGCGCUUGGAUAUACCAGCUUUACCUCUUCUCCAUCGCCCCUGCUCUAGCACUUUUGCUUACAGUCGCUUGGUAUGCUCCAAACUUAAGGUUACAAUUUUAUAAAGUGGAAGGAAUGCUGCUAACAGAUUGGCAGCAUAUAUGCAGUGCAAUGAGUGGCAUGUUUAUAUGCAGCAUUCUUUUCUUAAUUGUAGCCUUAUACUUUAUACCACGACUACAAUUGGAUCAUUCAGAGAGUGGCAUCAAUAUUCCAGAAGCAGUACUUGAAAUAGCCGACUGUCUAAAUGUGUUCUUCUGGCUGAAACUUGUUACAGUUAACACAAUCGCGCCUCAUGUCUUAAAACACCACAGGUCCUUGGAACUCGAAACAUGGAAAUGGUUCCAAGUCUCGAUUUUCAUGGUCAUUAUAUACAAUGUCAUUACAUUAUCUACACAUAUCAUCGUCUGGUUGUUACAGAAGUUAGUCUGUCGUUAUAAACUUGUUCCAAAGACUACAACAGAGAAAAAUUCACAGCAAAAUAAUACAGUACUCAAAAUUCUGUUGCGCAGGAGAUAUAUAGUGUAUUGGGGAAAUGGCAUGAAACAUAACAUCACCUUUGUAUUAACCUCAUUGUUCUUUCUACUAGCUUGGGUGUUGGUUUUUAGGCCCCAACUCGAUGAAACACCUAAGGCUAGAAAAAUCUAUGAAUUCGGAACCUGGACUUCUCUCAGUUUUUUAGUUUGCGCGUUUCUCUGGUUGAUAAAAACUUGUGUUAUAUUGUUUCAAGAGGCUAGUUCAAUCUACAUUCGAUUACAAUCAAACAUCUUACAAGGAGGAAAACAGUUGUACUUCCUUGGCAUGAUUAGUCGCCAUAGUUUCGAUAUCUUCAAUCUUAUGUAUCAUGAUGAUAUGCCAAAUAUAGUUGAUGAGAAUGGGAUGACAAAACAUUUUGUUUCAGUACUUCGACAUUUGCUUAAUUUGAGUUUGGCAGUAAAUCUGAACACACAUUACCAUACUAAAUCUGAUGUUGAAGAUGAAUGGGAAAAUGAGAAGAGAUUGUCUAAAGUAAAGAAGGAAAGAGCCAAGGAAUACUUGUUAAUGGUGCAAGAUGAUCCAAAUCCAACAAUUUAUGCUAUACAACAAGUAGCUCUUUACUUUGUGAUAGCUAAAGAUAAAUUGUCGGAGGAGAAAUACUCGUCUAUCAUCCUCCAAAAGCUCCAGAGCUACAAUAAUAGAAGCAGGGGCUUUGAAGAGAUGGUGAAGAAACUAAUAGGACAGGAAAACUGGAAUGAUUUUCAGCAUCAACUUGAUGAAAAUAUGCCUCCUUCAGAAGCAAUAUCAUUUGAAGCACGACUUAAAGCAUGGAUGGAAAUGGCACACAACAAUUGUUUGUUCGUCGCAAAUACAUUAAGUAGUGCCAAAGAAGUUGUGGAUUGUUUGGACAAAAUUAUCAGCUCAUUUCUAAUCUUUGCAACCUUCAUAAUGUGGUUGCUUCUCACCGGGUUGGCUACUACACAAGUACUUGUCCUCAUUACGACACCAUUGUUUGCUGUAACUUUUAUAUUUCAGAACACUUGCAAGACCUUCUUCGACGGGCUCAUGUUUGCUUAUGUGGUGCAUCCUUUUAGUGUUGGAGAUUUAUGCAUCAUUGAUGAGAAAAUGAUGGAGGUUAGAACGGUUGGUGUUUGGAGAACAACCUUUACCAAAGUUAGUACACAAGAGAAGGUGAUAUAUUCAAAUUCGGAGUUAUCUCACAAAAGCAUUAUCAACCAUAAGACUCAAUUUGACUGGAAUGAUGCAGUGGAGCUUAAUGUAGGUUCUUUGGACGCGGAAAAAAUUAAGAAUCUGAAACAAGUAAUUGAAAGAUAUCUUGAUGGUGAUAAAGAUAAAUUCAAACAAGGUUAUAAUUCUGUGGACGUCUUGACAACCGAAUUAGAUAGCAUCAAAUUAACAGUUUAUCUUAAACAUAGAGUGAAGCUUCAAAAUCACUCCUUCUUUGAAUGCCUCAAAGAAAAGCGCAAGCUACGAUCUGAGUUCAUUCUCUACGCAGAGAACCUUGUCGAUCAAUACAAAAAUGGGAUAUCAAGUUUUUAAGGCUUGUAUACAUAAAACUUAGAAGUAUUCUACACUAAUAUUAGUGUAAAUUAAAGCUAUAUAUGAUCUAUAGUGAUCCUUUGUCUUUACAUAUAAUC